AUGAGUCUACGCAAUGAUGCUACACCUCCACCUUCACCCCAGAACUCCAAGCUCUUGAUUGAACCAUUCAAGAUAGAUCAACUUCAACCAUUUCCGUUACCUAAGUCAUUAGAAGGAUUACCCAAUGCUAAUUUUGAACAAUUUAUUAAUAAUGAAGAGUUGAUUAAAGGAUAUAUCAAGGAUCUAGAAACAUACAAGACUCAUCAGGAUACGAUUGUGGAUCGAUUGAGUCAAUUACAAGGGGUUAUCAAACAAGAGAUCUUGGAUCAAUUAUUAACUCAAUAUAUUAAUCAAAUUCAAAUUAUCAAGAAUCAAUUAAAAUCAAUUCAUCAAAUAUAUCAAGAUUUUUUGAAUUUAGAAACAUAUCAAUAUCAAUUAUUAUCAUCUAAUUUCAAUCAGGAUUAUUUGAUUAAGAAUAAAUUCACAAAAUUGAUUGAAAGUAAUAAAGAAGAUUCAAUGCAAAUUAUAAAGAAAUUUGGUAGUAAGAAUACAGGUGAUGAUAGUAAUAUUGAUGAAGGGGAGUUUAAUGAACUUAUUGGGAAGUUUAAACAAAGUCGACAAUUAUAUCAUUUAAGAAAGGAGAAAUUAAAUCGGUUUAAUGAAGAAAGAGUUAGUGGCUUUAUAUGA